AUGUCAUACAGUGACCAGAUUUGCAACAAUUUGCAACAAGUAAGAGUCUUCAAGGACUCAAAUGGUUCAGCUGUUACUUCCAUCGACUUCUCAAAAGAUGGGAGAUUUCUUGUUUCAGGGAGCAACGAUUCCGGUCUGAGGUUGUACGAUGCCGUUGAAACUGGUAGCCUGAUGAAAACUCUGUAUGCCAAGAAACUUGGAAUCGCACAUGUUCGGUUCACACAUGCAAACUCUGCGGUGCUCUGCGCAUCCAGCAACAGAAUGGACCAUUCGAUUCGGUAUUGGUCCAUGCACGACAAUCGCUACCUGCGGCACUACAAGGGGCAUCGGCAGCCCGUGAUAGGGCUUCAUGUAUCGCCUGCUGGGGAUACGUUCUUAUCAGCUUCAGCAGAUUCUACAGUUCGUCUUUGGGACAUUCGAUCGGAUGCAUGCACGGGGAUGCUCCGGCUUCCUGUGAUGUCCGCAAGGCCCAACGUUGCGUUCGAUGACAAGGGGCUUGUGUUUGCUGUGACGAUGAAUUCUAUGAUCAACCUCUACUCCACCACAGAAUACGACAAGGGUCCCUUCAGCACCUUCAGCACUGAUUUGAAGUGCGCCUUCAGCGCCCGUUCAAUGAAGUUCAGCUCCGACGGCAAGUACCUCCUACUGGCCGGAGGGAGCGAUACGAUCGCUGUCGUGGAUUCGUUUACAGGUAAUCAUGUCGAGUUUCAUCCUUCGGAGCCCUUCGUGGAGAUAACCGACGCCUGCAUGACACCGGACUGUCGAUACAUUGUUGCCGGCACCAGCGAGAAUAGCAGGCAAGAAAAUGUAGCGGAGGGCGGCCUGCGGAUAUGGAAGUUUGUCUUCGAUCCAGAUAAUCAGAAGGUGCUAUCCAACGAGGUCAUGGUCUGCAAAGACAUCCAUCAAGGACCUGUCAACUGCGUCGAAUGCAGUCCGACUCACCUGCUGAUCGCAACCGCCUGCAAGAACCUCAACUACUGGAUGCCUGCAGGUCAGCAGCUCAGAGCUAAUUGA